AAAACCAAAGCGUGCUCGCUCUCAUGGGGUCCAAUCCAAUGGCCGCCCCGGCCUUUCUUCCCCCGCACAAAAGCUGAAAGCAGACAAGAAGAAAGCUUCAACACACGACUCCUCCAGCCACCCCCAACCCGAUUCUUCCUUUCCUCGGUCGCGCUUGGCUGGCCGCCCGACUCCGAUUCCCACGCACGCGCGCACGCCAAGAUCGCGGUUUUCAUGCCGCGGCCGCAGUAGCCAGGAGUAAGCUCAGGGCGGGAGCCAUGGCGACGUCCUCGGCGGGCCGGUACGCGGCGGCGCUCCACCGGCGGACGCACCGGGUCACGUCCGCGCUGGCCUACGCGGCGCUCGAGUGGGUCCUCAUCGCGCUGCUGCUCCUCAACGGCCUCCUCUCCCACGCCGUCGCCCGCUUCGCCGCCUACUUCCGCCUCCGCCCGCCCUGCCUCCUCUGCUCCCGCGCCGACCGCCUCUUCGGCGCCGAGCAGGAGGACGCCGAUCAGGCGGCGGGCGACGCGCGCUGGCUGCGGGGGCUCCUCUGCGGCGCCCACGCGGCCGAGAUCUCCGGGAUGGGCUACUGCCUCCACCACCGCCGCCUCGUCGCCGACGCCGCCGACAUGUGCGAGGGCUGCCUCUCUUCCUGGAAGAGGGAGAUGAUGCGGGACGCGGAGGAGGACGGCGCCGUGGUCUGCUCUUGCUGCAAAGCCCUCGUGCAGAUUACUUCUUCACGCGCGCUGGAGGAUCCUGCUGUACACCACAAGGCAGCCGAAGAAGAAGAACAAGAUCAAGGCUACGUUCUGCUGGAUCAAGAAGACCACGAAGACGAAGAAGAGGAGCAAAACGAAGAGGAAGCACAAGAACAACAAGGAGAGAUCAAGGUGGCUGCCGUGGAGGACGAGUCCUUGGAAUUCAUGGCUCAGGGCGAAGAGAUCACGCCUGAAGACGACGAUCGCUUGGUGCCGGUGGUGGCACUCGAUGAGAUGACAAUUGCCGACGAUUCGGGUCUGCAUCCGGAUGCCCCUGGCUCUCAGCGGGACGACAUGAAUCGCACGGACGAUGAGCGUGAUUCGGAUGAUCUUGAUACCGCAGUGGUUCCGGAGGAGAAGAGGAUGCUGGCUUCUUCGGUUGCAACGGCGCCUGCCACGGCCGAGAAUUCCAUUCGCCAAGAUGAUGAACUGGUUCUUGAAGAUACUGUCGAAACUGGAGAUUUCAGGACUGAUGAAGGAGACAUUGUUGUGCCUCAAGCCACUGAAGCAAUUCCUGAAGAUGGCAGCAAAUCGGCAGAGGUGGAGACUAACUGCGAGGUGUCAAUCGGGAGCGACAUCUGCGAGCAGGAGCAAGAUGGCCAUGCUGCUCCGUUUCAAGAACUGGUGGCGCUGGAGGAGCUGUUUUCUCCAUUGGAAUAUGCAGAUGACCGGACAUCACCACCGGAGAUCCUCCAUGAAACAGCCCCAGCCGAGCAAGAAGCAAGUGAAGCAGAGCAUGAGGCGACGGCGAGCCGGAGAUUUGAGUACCAAUCGAAUGGCGAGAACGAGGAGGACGAAGACAGGGCACCGGAGACGCCCACCUACAGCUUUGCUGCCCAGAACUCCGGCAAAAGGUUCUUGCUCGAGAGGAAGCGGUCACUGUCCUUGUCCUUGGAUGGCAGCGUGUCGAGCGAGGUCGAGUGUGCCGAGCCUUCCACCGUCGAUCAGCUGAGAUCCGCGCUGCAGGCGGAGCGAAAGACGCUCAGCGCCAUGUACGCCGAGCUGGAGGAAGAGAGGAACGCCGCCGCCAUCGCGACCAACCAGACGAUGGCGAUGAUCAACCGGCUGCAGGAGGAGAAGGCCGCCAUGCAGAUGGAGGCGCUGCAGUACCAGAGGAUGAUGGAGGAGCAGUCCGAGUACGACCAGGAGGCGAUGCAGCUGCUGACGGAGCUGGUCACCAAGAGGGAGAGGGAGAAGCAGGAGCUGGAGAGGGAGCUGGAGCUGUACAAGCAAAAGCUGCUGCAGUACGAGGACAGGGAGAGGAGGAGGAUGCCGGCCUUCGAGGACAAUGCGCGUAGCCCCGACGGCAAUGGCACCUCUGCGUCGUCCAGCGGCGAGGACAGCGACGAGAAUUCCGAUGACUCCUGCGAGCUGGGCGAGUCUCCGAGCGGCAAUCUUCAGAGCUCGCCGGACGCUGCUCUUAGCCCCAGGGCGGAUCAAGAGAACACCGGUCAUCUUGUGGCGCUGGAUGACUCCUUGACGUACAUGGAGAUGGAGAGGCUGUCCAUCUUGGAGGAGCUCAAGGCACUCGAGGAGCGGCUCUUCACGCUGGAAGACGACGAUAUCAACGGCAGCAAUGCGGCUGCUGGCCUUUCCUCAGACGAUCACGGUCCCCAUUCGCCGGAGAAUGGCCUCGCCGGCAACAAGGCCAGGUUUGAAGGCAGAGCUUCUGUUUCCAGAGGAAAGAGCCUCCUACCUCUCUUUGACGCGGUCGGUGACGAGAACGUCGACCGUGCACCACCAGCAGCCACCGAUGGUUCGACGAAACCGGCCGUCGCCGUGUUCGCCAAAGAGCAGGAGAGGCUGGCGAUAAUCGAGGAGGUGGAUCAUGUGUACGAGAGGCUGCAAGCACUGGAGGCGGACAAGGAGUUCCUGAGGCACUGCAUCAAGUCCCUCAAGAAAGGGGACAAGGGCAUGCACCUUCUCCAGGAGAUCCUGCAGCAUCUUCGCGAGCUCCGGGGCGUGGAGCUUCAUGCCAAGCACGCCGGCGAUGCCAUUGUUGCAAAUUCAGCAUAGCAGAUCGAUCUAGAAUUCUAGACAUAUUAUACGUGAUUCAGUUGCUCGGCUAUGGUGAGUCGAUCGACUGGAAUGGUCCGAGUAGUGGUGGAUCUAUGAUAUGGUCCCUUUCCCUUGUGCAAGGUAAUGGCUUGUGUUCAAGGGAACGCUUUGCUCGUCUGGCCUGCGGGGGGCUGCGCUGGUCCAGCAUGGCCGGCUUUAUGAAUGAUGUGGUUGGUGGUGGCAGGAAUCAUUAGGGCCUUCCCAAGCUUUCACCAAGCUGAAUCAUGGCGCCAGCUUCGGAGGCAUGCGCACCACUUCAACUUCAACAGGACAGAUGGAUAUAUAUAUAGAGAGAGAGAGAUGAUCGGCAAAAGGGUAAAGGUGGCCCGGAUGCAGAUGUGGUGGAUUUCCUAUUUGGUUUCGCUUCUUUUUCCCUUUUCUUUCUUUCUUUUGGUUAAGUUUUCAGAUUUGUUUGUGCAGAGGUGGAGAGCGUUCGAGUUUUUUGUGUUUUAUAUGAGGUUGUAGGCUUGCAUGGUUGGUACGUACGUGUGGUUUGGUCUUUGUUUUGCACUUUGUAGCCAGUUUUGAUGAAGAAGGAAGGCUCGUUGUGAUGAACCCUGUUUCAUUUGA